GGACCAAAAGCAAGAUGCCGAUGGCGUGCGGCGGCACUACCCGGAAGUUGGGUCGGCUCCCGCUCCUCCUCCUCCUGGCGCCGAGCGCGCGAGUGAGAUCAUCCCCGCGCACCUACGCCGCGGCUGCACCUGCGGGCGACGCGGUGGCCGGGGGCGGGCCGCGCGGGCAGCCUGGGGCAGUAGGUGGGGCGGCGGGAGGAGCCGCAGCAGCCCGGGGGGUCCGCAGCCCGAGCCCCGCCUGCGGCGGCUGCAGUGCCUCGCCUUCCCCCUCCCCCGCGGAGGCCCGAGCCGAGGGAUGCGCGAGGCGGCCUGGGGCGUGGGGCCCGCGGGUGUGCGCCCCGGCUCGCUUCUGCACCCCUCCUCCGCCCCACCCCCUGGCCCCCUGGACGAGCGAUCCGGGGGUGGAAAGCCGGCGUUGGGGCUGCGGCGUCCCUGGCGACCGCACUUGGAGCGCUGCCGCGGGCCGCCCUUCGCGAGCCACCAAGGGACAGCGGGGCGUGGUGGGCAGUAAACUGCGAGGUUUUAACCCAGUUCUCAGGUGCCCUCAGGGGCAAGCUCAGUGCACACGUUUUGCGCCUUGGAGAGCCGGCAGGGACUGAAACGGGCCGGCCCGAAUGUCCAGAAGAGGCAAAAACCAUUGAGAGAGAAAGCUGAACAGUGGUUAUUGAAGACUGGGCGACAUUGGGGAAAAUAGGAAGUGGCUGCUUAAAAGGAAAAAUGCAGGAAGAGGAGUCGCUGCAGAAGCUUGAAGACGCUUCUGGAGGGGAGUAGAAAACCCAAGAAGGGCAUGUGCAGAAGCCAAGGGGAGAGCCACAGGAAGGCAGGAGUUGCCAGCAGUGUCCACAGUACAGAGACCUGAAGUAGAAACUCUGAACAGGACUCACAGCGUGUAGCAACCAGAAGGUACUGUGACUCUUCCUAAGUCAGCCCAGCACAGCGGUGGACCCAACCCUGGAUUUCGGAGGGCUGAAGAAUGAAUGCGAUGUGAGGAAAUGGGAAACGGGGUACAGCCCACUCUCAAGUGGUUGAGCCCUGAAGGGCAAGCGAAAAGGGUCGUAACUAAAACCCUCUGGGACUGGGGCAUCUGGGUGGCCCAGU